AUGGUGAAUUUUUGUUCGGUAGCAAACUGCUCGAACAGUUCGAGGAAUCGUCCGGAUCUAUCCUUUUUCUGUUUUCCUUCAGGGCAUUUUAGAAGGCUAUGGAAAAACUUUUGUAGACGUUGUGAUCCCGAAUUCCAAAAUCAAAAAAACCCUCGGAUUUGCAGCGCACACUUCGAGGCUUCAUCCAUCAAAAAAGUCGCUUUGCGGAAGAAAAAAGUUAUUCAGGUGAAUUACCGAAAUAUUUUAAUCCCUCGACCCACCAAUGUCGUGUUUCUUCCCGUGAAAAGAGACUGGAGGACAGAAAGAGACGUGCUGUUGAUGAAAAAUGUCCUGAACCUCAAAAAGAGAAGCCUUACCGAGGAAGACAAAGACAUUUGUUUCUUAAGCGACGAUGCAGCCCUUUUAGAUCACAAUUAUUGCCACCUUCUUCCUAACGACAAAGGAACUCAAACGGACUUUCCUUACGAAGAUCUAGAGGUUUUAACCAGUAAAAUUGACGCUUUAAAACAAGAGAACGCCGAACUUAAAUCAAAGUUAUCAAACAAAAAACAAUUGAAAAGAGAGCUCUUUGUGGAUGAUGUUUUGAAAGAUGACGAGUCUGUCAAAUUUUUUACGGGUAUACCUAGCCUUGCUUGCUUUAUGAUGAUAUUUAAUUUGCUCAAGCCGUUUGCAGAAAAACUUAAGUAUUGGGACAAAAACAAAAAAAAAAAAAGUAAGCUAUCAAAAGAUUCAAGUAAAAAAAAGCCUGGAAAGCAAAGAUUAUUGACCAUUAUGGAGGAAUUUAUCUUAACUUUGGUGAGACUCAGACUUGGGUUUUUAAGCAGACAUCUUACAGAUAUCUUUGGAGUAUCAGAAGGAUCAGUUAGCAAAGUUUUCACAACGUGGAUUUGCUUUUUAUCUACAGUUUUUCGUGACAUUCUUCUUAAAUGGCCUUGUAAGGAAGAAAUUAAGAAAAAAGUUGCCAAGUUCUUUUAAUAAAUUUCCAAGCACUCGAAUAAUAAUAGAUUGCACAGAGAUAUUUUUGCAAAAGCCAACAUCCCCUAGUGCCCAGAGAGCUACAUGGAGUAACUAUAAACAGCACAAUACCAUGAAAGCACUGGUGGGAAUCACUCCAACAGGUUACUUCUCCUUUGUUUCUAAACUAUGGACUGGAAAUGUCAGUGACAGAUACAUCACAGAAAGAAGUGGUCUACUGGACAAACUUGAAGAGGGGGGAUUCUGUUAUGGCCGACAAGGGGUUCAACAUCAGAGAUCUGCUUACAAGAAAGAAAGUUGCACUUAAUAUCCCACCACUUUGCAAAGGUACCUUUCCAAUAAAGGCAGCUAAUGGGGUAGGGGUGGAAGAGGGUAUGCUAAGAUAAAAGAGAAGGUCUCCCUGGACAAAAAAAAAAAAAAAAAAAAAAAACUAGAUAUAACAGCAUCCAUUACUUGUUGCUUGUAAAAAGGAUCUUUCUAACUAAACAGAAGAAGUUUCUUAGGAAUAUUUUUUAUAUUAUAGGGUUAAGUUGAACUGCUCAAAGAUAAAGGUAGUCUCUACUAACUUCCAAACAUGUCUACAUAGCAGGGGUGGAUCCAGAAAAUUCAGAAAGAGCUGGUGUGAGGCAGUGGUUUGCCACUUCCACCCAUCCAAUAAUUUAGUACAGGUUUUGUUUGGAAAAAGGUUUCCAAAAAAGCAAGUACUUUACUAUCAGUACCUUUUGAAUUGGCAUUUACUUCAUUCAAAAUCCUUUUUUCUCCUCUUACACAGGAAAGCAACUUUCAAAAAAGGCAGUAAAAUCUACCCGUACCAUUGCAAGUGUUCGGAUCCACGUUGAACGUGCUAUUGGACGUCUUAAGGACUUUAGAAUUCUACAAGGGAACUUCCUUCUUCAAAUGCUACCCACUGCAGACAAUAUUCUAAGUGUUUGUGCUGCUCUGUGUAAUUUGCUACCACCACUGGCCAAAUGA